CGGCCGCGGCAUGAGCCUCCGCCAGCGCGGCGGCGACGACGACCGCCGGCUCCUCUCCGGGGGCAGCGGGAGCCGCUGAUGCGGGCGCGGGGGCUGCGGCUGCUCGCCAGGGACCCGCCCGCCGGUCGCCCGGCGGGGACCAUGUGAGGAGCCGGCGGUUGCCCAGCAAGAUGCAGAAGGGGAUGCGGCUCAAUGACGGGCACGUCACCUACCUGGGGCUGCUGGCGAAGAAGGACGGCGCCAGGAGGGGCUACCUGAGCAAGCGGGGCUCCGACCACACAAAAUGGCACACCAAGUGGUUCGCGCUGCUGCACAACAUGCUCUUCUACUUCGAGACCGACUCCAGCUCCCGGCCCUCGGGGCUCUACCUGCUCGAGGGCUGCGUCUGCGACCGGGCGCCCUCCCCCAAGCCCUCCCUCUCGGCCAAGGACUCCCUGGAGAAGCAGCAUUACUUCACUGUUAACUUCAACCACGAGAACCAGAAGACCCUGGAGCUGAGGACUGAGGAUGCCAAGGACUGCGACGAGUGGGUGGCAGCCAUAGCUCAUGCCAGCUACAGGACGCUGGCGACGGAGCACGAGGCGCUGAUGCAGAAGUACCUCCAUCUCCUGCAGAUCGUGGAGACGGAGAAGACCGUUGCCAAGCAACUCCGGCAGCAGAUCGAGGACGGGGAGAUCGAGAUCGAGCGCCUCAAGGCCGAGAUCGCCUCCCUGCUGAAGGACCACGAGCGCAUCCAGGCCGGCCAGAGCAGCGCGCCCAGCGACGAUGACAGCGACAUCAAGAAGAUCAAGAAGGUGCAGAGCUUCCUGCGGGGCUGGCUGUGCCGCAGGAAGUGGAAGACCAUCAUCCAGGACUACAUCAGGUCCCCCCACGCCGACAGCAUGCGCAAGAGGAACCAGGUGGUCUUCAGCAUGCUGGAGGCCGAGGCCGAGUACGUGCAGCAGCUCCACAUCCUGGUCAACAACUUCCUGCGGCCCCUGCGGAUGGCUGCCAGCUCCAAGAAGCCUCCCAUCACGCACGACGACGUCAGCAGCAUCUUCCUCAACAGCGAAACCAUCAUGUUCUUGCACCAGAUCUUCUACCAAGGCCUGAAGGCAAGGAUAUCCAGCUGGCCAACACUUGUGCUGGCUGACCUGUUUGACAUCCUGCUGCCCAUGCUGAACAUCUACCAGGAGUUUGUGAGGAACCACCAGUACAGCCUGCAGAUCCUGGCCCACUGCAAGCAGAACCGGGACUUUGACAAGCUGCUCAAGCACUACGAAGCCAAGCCCGACUGCGAGGAGAGGACCCUGGAGACCUUCCUCACCUACCCCAUGUUCCAGAUCCCCAGGUACAUCCUGACGCUGCACGAGCUGCUGGCCCACACGCCCCACGAGCACGUGGAGAGGAACAGCCUGGAUUACGCCAAGUCCAAGCUGGAAGAGCUCUCCAGGAUCAUGCACGAUGAGGUGAGCGAGACGGAGAACAUCCGGAAGAACCUGGCCAUCGAGAGGAUGAUCAUUGAGGGCUGUGAGAUCCUGCUGGACACCAGCCAGACCUUCGUGAGGCAAGGGUCGCUGAUCCAGGUGCCCAUGUCGGAGAAGGGGCGGGUGCCCCGCGGGCGCCUGGGCUCGCUGUCGCUGCGCAAGGAGGGCGAGCGCCAGUGCUUCCUCUUCUCCAAGCACCUCAUCAUCUGCACCAGGGGCUCCGGGGGCAAGCUGCAUCUCACCAAGAACGGCGUCAUCUCCCUCAUCGACUGCACGCUGGUGGAGGAGCAGGAGAGCACCGAUGAGGAUGCCAAAGCAUCUGGGCAAGACAUCGACCAUCUCGACUUCAAAAUCGUGGUGGAGCCCAAAGAUUCCUCAUCCUUUACCGUGAUCCUUGUGGCCUCAUCCAGGCAGGAGAAGGCUGCGUGGACCAGUGACAUCAGCCAGUGUGUGGACAACAUCCGCUGCAACGGCCUCAUGAUGAACGCCUUCGAGGAGAACUCCAAGGUCACUGUCCCCCAGAUGAUCAAGUCUGAUGCCAGCCUCUAUUGUGAUGAUGUUGACAUUAGGUUCAGUAAAACGAUGAACUCCUGCAAGGUGCUGCAGAUCCGCUACGCCAGCGUGGAGCGGCUGCUGGAGCGCCUGACCGACCUGCGCUUCCUCAGCAUCGACUUCCUCAACACCUUCCUGCACUCCUACCGCGUCUUCACCACCGCCCUCGUCGUCCUCGACAAGCUCAUCACCAUCUACAAGAAGCCCAUCAGCGCCAUCCCUGCACGGUCCCUGGAGCUCCUGUUUGCAAACAGCCAGAACAACAAGCUGCUGUACGGAGAGCCCCCCAAGUCCCCCCGAGCCAACCGCAAGUUCUCCUCCCCUCCGCCCCUCUCCAUCACCAAGUCCUCGUCCCCCAGCCGGCGCAGAAAGCUGUCCCUCAACAUCCCCAUCAUCACCGGGGGGAAGGCGCUGGACCUGGCUGCCCUCAGCUGCUCCUCCAAUGGCUAUGCAAGCGUCUACUCCUCCAUGGCCCCCUUCAGCAAGACCACCCUGGACAUCAACAAGCUCUACGUGUCCAGCAGCUACCCCAACAAGAUCCCUGACGAAGGAGAAGCAGCCAGCGAGAAGCAGGAGGAGCCGCUGCCCAGCAAGCAGAGCUCCGAGGUGUCUGUCCGGGAGGAGUCGGACACAGACCCCAACCAGAGCGACGAAGCUGAGGCUGAAUCGUCCCCAACGAAAUCGCCAACCACUCCCAAGUCCACCAAGGGCAAAAAUUCAUCAGAUUUCUCCUUGUUCUCCUACAACAACGGUGUGGUGAUGACGUCCUGCCGGGAGCUGGACAGCAGCCGCAGCGCCCUGUCCGCCGCCUCCGCCUUCGCCAUCGCCACGGCGGGGGCCAACGAGGGCACCCCCACCAAGGAGAAGUACCGCAGGAUGUCCCUGGCCAGCGCAGUUUCAGGCUUCCCCACGGACCAGCGUAAUGGGGACAAGGAGUUUGUGAUCCGCAGAGCGGCCACCAACCGCGUCCUCAACGUGCUGCGGCACUGGGUCUCCAAGCACUCACAGGACUUUGAAACCAACGAGGAGCUGAAGUUCAGGGUGAUUGGCUUCCUGGAGGAGGUCAUCCACGACCCCGAGCUCCUGACCCAGGAGAGGAAGGCAGCCGCCAACAUCAUCAGGACCUUGACACAGGAGGACCCAGGAGACAACCAGAUAACCCUGGAGGAGGUGGUUCAGAUGGCUGAGGGAGUCAAAGCAGAGCCCUUUGAGAACCACUCAGCCCUGGAGAUCGCUGAGCAGCUGACACUGCUGGAUCACCUGGUCUUCAAGAAGAUCCCCUAUGAAGAGUUCUUUGGGCAAGGCUGGAUGAAGCUUGAGAAGAACGAAAGGACUCCUUACAUCAUGAAGAACACAAAACACUUCAAUGAUGUCAGUAACCUGAUCGCCUCGGAGAUCAUCCGCAACGAGGAGCUGAACGCCCGGGCCAGCGCCAUCGAGAAGUGGGUGGCGGUGGCCGACAUCUGCCGCUGCCUGCACAACUACAACGCCGUGCUGGAGAUCACCUCCUCCCUCAACCGCAGCGCCAUCUUCCGCCUGAAGAAGACGUGGCUGAAGGUCUCCAAGCAGACAAAGGCUCUGAUCGACAAGCUGCAGAAGCUGGUGUCCUCAGAGGGCAGGUUCAAGAACCUGAGGGAGGCUCUGAAGAACUGUGACCCUCCCUGUGUCCCCUACCUGGGAAUGUACCUGACUGACCUGGCCUUCAUCGAGGAGGGGACCCCAAACUACACCGAGGAUGGCCUGGUGAACUUCUCCAAGAUGAGGAUGAUUUCACACAUCAUACGAGAGAUCCGCCAGUUCCAGCAGACCUCCUACAAGAUUGAGCACCAGCCCAAGGUGACCCAGUACCUGCUGGACCAGUCGUGUGUGAUGGACGAGGAAAGCCUUUACGAGGCUUCUCUGCGGCUGGAGCCCAAGCUGCCCUCCUGAGGUGGGGGCGGCCAUGUACACAGGCUGUACCAUGCUGUACAUAUCCCCUGCCCCCCAGGGACUCCCCCAGGGACCCCUGCAACCAGCCCACCUCUGUGCUUCCCCAGCCACCCGCUGCCCUCCUCCUCCCCAGCCCGCAGUAGGAUUCCCUGCACCCUUCCAGGUUUCACGCACUGACACUGCGCUGGAGUCCCGGGCUCUUGCCCAUCAGCUUUUUGUCACUUGUUCCUCUCCAGGGGGGCUGCUGGGUGGGCAGGGAGGGGGUGACCCCUUCUGUGUCCCCCCUCGGGGCGCAGCACAGAGCAGCUCAGAUGGGACUGGCAGCACCGUGCCUGUGCAAGCUCUGGAAGAGAAGGAAGAAAAUGUGUUGAUGUUUAUCGCUCCGUGCCAUGCUGCCUGCUUUCCCUGUGCCACCCUUGGUGCUGGGAGGCCGCUGGUUCCCUCCCUGUGCAAGUCCUGAUGCUGGGGAGGACCAGCAGCAGCAUCCCUGUGCAAGCUCAGGAAGAGGAGGAAGCGAAGGAAGAAAGCACAUUGAUAUUUAUCACUCAGUGUGAUGCUGCCUACUCGCCCUCUGCCACCCUCAGUGCUGGAGGGGCCUUCGGUUCCCUCUGUGUGCCAGUCCUGGUGCUGGAGGGACUGGCAGCAGCAUCUCUGUGCAAGCUCUGGAUGAGAAGAAAGAGGGGGAAAAAGGGAAGGAAGAACAAGAAGAAGAGGAAAGAAAGGAUGAGAAGAAAGGAAGAGAUGAUGACGUUUAUCGCUCCAUGCCGUGCUGCCUGUUCUCCCUGUGCCACCCUCAGUGCUGGAGGGGCCUUCGGUUCCCUCUGUGUGCCAGUCCUGGUGCUGGAGGGACUGGCAGCAGCAUCUUUGUGCAAGCUCUGGAUGAGAAGAAAGAGGGGGGAAAAAGGGAAGGAAGAGCAAGAAGUAGAGGAAAGAAAGGAUGAGAAGAAAGAGGGGGGAAAAAAGGGAAGGAAGAGCAAGAAGGAGAGGAAAGAAAGGAAGAGAUAAUGACGUUUGUCGCUCCGUGCCAUGCUGCCCGUUCUCCCUGUGCCCCCCUCAGCGCUUGGGGGGCCCCCAGUUCCCUCCCAAGCCGGGAAGAUGGGACCAUCCCUUGGACUCCUUGCUGCCUCUGGCUCCUGCCAAGCUUCUGUGGAUAUGCUGUAGCCCCGUAAUCCUUGUGACUGCGCCGAGUAACAUGCCGUAGAGUUAGCAACCGAUGAGCGAGUGUUUUUCUUACAUCUACUGUAGUCCUGUCUGACCACCUUCUAGCAGGAGUAUAGUAAUGUAGUGCUUAUUCUGUGAAUAUAUCCAUGGGUUUUUUACCGUGUACAGGACACAGACCCAGUGAAACCCGCCCGUGGCAGGCAUGCCCCACGCGCCACCGGACACUUUUUGCUGUCAGCAAUACCUCGUGGUAUGAGAAUUUCUCUUUCAAAGCCCUAAAACUUUCAACUGAACAGCUUGUUUGGAAGGAGAUUUCCAUUUUUUUUGGUAAAAAUAUAUGUUUCCUGAUUACCUCUUGCUAAUAAAUCUAUUCUAUCUC